CACCGCGGGACAGGGCUGAGGACACAGCAAUGUUUGAGAGUUCCAGUGACUGACCCUGAUGGUAAAGACAUGGAAUGUGUGUGGAUGUGUACAGAUGCCCGGCAGUGGCUCUAGGGCUCACGGGAGAGCUCACGGAGAGGAGAUGCAGGAGCAUCCUGACCUGUGCAACCAAGGAGCCUAGGCCAGACACACCAACACACGACAGAGGACAAACGGAGGACGCGCUGGCCCCUGGACCCUGCCGCCUCCCUCUUCUUCCUGGCGCCUGCCCCUGGAGGAUGAGCCCAGCCUUCAGGGCCAUGGACGUGGAGCCCCCCACCAAGGGCGUCCUGCUGGAGCCCUUUGUCCACCAGGUUGGGGGCCACUCCUGUGUGCUCCGUUUCAACGAGACGACUCUGUGCAAGCCCCUGGUCCCGAGGGAGCACCAGUUCUACGAGACUCUCCCAGCGGAGAUGCGAAAGUUCACUCCCCAGUACAAAGGUGUGGUAUCUGUGUGCUUUGAUGAAGAUGAAGACAGGAACUUGUGUUUAAUAGCAUAUCCAUUAAAAGGGGACCAUGGAACUGUGGAAAAUGUAGACAAUUCAGACUGUGAACCAAAAAGUAAGCUCCUGAGGUGGACAAACAAAAAACAUCAUGUCCUAGAAACGGAGAAGACCCCCAAGGACUGGGUGCGGCAACACCGGAAGGAGGAAAAGAUGAAGAGUCAUAAGUUAGAAGAAGAAUUCGAGUGGCUAAAGAAAUCGGAAGUCUUGUACUACAGUGUAGAAAAAAAGGGGAAUGUAAGUUCCCAACUUAAACACUAUAACCCUUGGAGCAUGAAGUGUCACCAGCAACAGUUACAGAGAAUGAAGGAGAAUGCAAAACAUCGGAACCAGUACAAAUUUAUCUUACUGGAGAAUCUGACUUCCCGAUAUGAGGUGCCUUGUGUCCUGGACCUCAAGAUGGGUACACGCCAGCAUGGUGACGAUGCUUCAGAGGAGAAGGCAGCCAACCAGAUUCGAAAAUGCCAGCAGAGCACAUCUGCAGUCAUCGGUGUGCGCUUGUGUGGCAUGCAGGUAUACCAGGCGGGCAGUGGGCAGCUCAUGUUCAUGAAUAAGUACCAUGGACGGAAGCUGUCAGUGCAGGGCUUUAAGGAGGCACUUUUCCAGUUCUUCCACAAUGGGCGGUACCUGCGCCGCGAGCUCCUUGGCCCUGUGCUUAAAAAGCUGGCUGAGCUCAAGUCUGUGUUGGAGCGACAGGAGUCUUACCGCUUCUACUCAAGCUCCCUGUUAAUCAUCUAUGAUGGCAAGGAGCGGCCUGAGGUGGCCCUGGACUCAGAUGCUGAGGAUUUGGAAGACCUGUCGGAGGAGUCAGCUGACGAAUCUGCUGGUGCCUAUGCCUUCAAGCCCAUCAGCACCAGCUCUGUGGACGUGCGAAUGAUCGACUUUGCACACACUACCUGCAGGCUGUAUGGCGAGGACAGCGUGGUACACGAGGGCCAGGAUGCUGGCUAUAUUUUUGGGCUCCAGAGCCUGAUAGACAUUGUCACAGAGAUAAUUGAGGAAAGUGGGGAGUAGAGCUUGCUGACUGCACCAGCACUUGACUCUCUGUGUCCUAGGCACAGCUGUGCUGUGUCGGGGAGGAAGCCAGUAUGGCCAGGUGGUGGCCUCUGCAGCCUGGAGCUGAUGCACAGAGGCCUCUGUGAGUCCCAACCUGAGCCAGCCCCAGCCACGCUCGGAGUCUUUAUUUAUUUUAACUGUUUCCUCAACAUUCCACAUUUGAUGAUGGAUACCUCUUUCUUCCCUGAGUGUAAAUGUUCUAAUACAAAUCCUUUUGUUAAUUGUA